AUGUCGAACCAGCAAAUCAUACCAAACGACGACAUGAACACACCGGAGCCCGCAGAGGUUACUAGCACCACUUCCUCGUCAACCCCUUCGCCAAUAGAAGGAGAGGCUGGUGAAGAAAUGCAGCGCUCAGACUCAUUCUUUCCGAAACAGCCGGUUCUGCACGGGUCUCUCUACUGUGAUGAUAACCCACGCUGCGCCCUCACUGAUGAGAAGCAAGCUGAGGAUAUCCCGGCUUCAACCGCAUUGAGUCCCAUGUUGAAGAAGUUCCAGCAGCUAGGACUGACCAAUCAGGUGUCUCCACCAAGAAAAACCAAGCGGAACGCCAGCCAGGACCUUCUGAAUCUGUCGAAGAACGAUCUCAAGGCCGUGAAGUCGCAUGCCCAACUGGCUAAGACCGCCAAUGGGGUCAGAAUACUGGCAAGAAAUCUGGAUAAAGCUACCAUCAAGAUCCAGCUGCGGUCAGUGAUGAUUGUGACCAAAGCCAGAGACAAUUCGCUGGUUUAUCUGACAAGAGAGUUGACCGAAUGGUUGCUACGAUUUUCUGAGAAUAACUUCAAGCUGGACGUUUACGUGGAUUACCAUCUGGAGACUUCGAAAAGGUUUCAUGCCGAGGGAAUUGUCAAGGAGAUACCGAACUCCAAGGACAGACUCAAGUACUGGGAUAAGGCUUUGAUCAGGGCCAACCCAGAAUUGUUUGAUCUGGUCUUGACUCUCGGAGGAGAUGGUACCGUUCUUUACGCAUCUACUCUGUUUCAACGGGUUGUUCCACCGGUGAUGUCAUUUUCCCUUGGAUCUCUGGGAUUUCUAACCAACUUCAAGUUCGAGGACUUUCGCAAGCUUUUGCACAACGCUGUGGUGAAGGGCGUCCGCACCAAUCUAAGAAUGCGGUUUACGUGCCGGGUUCAUGCGGCAAAUGGGAAACUUUUGUGUGAGCAGCAAGUGCUUAACGAACUUACUGUUGACCGUGGACCUUCGCCAUGGGUCUCAAUGCUGGAAUUGUAUGGUGAUAACAGUCUCCUGACGGUGGCCCAGGCGGAUGGACUUAUCAUUGCCACUCCUACUGGUUCAACAGCUUACUCUUUGAGUGCAGGAGGAUCUUUAGUUCAUCCCAGUGUCAGCGCUAUUAGUGUGACUCCUAUUUGCCCUCAUACUUUAUCGUUUAGACCGAUCUUGCUACCCGAUUCGAUGGUGCUGAAGGUGAAGGUUCCGCUUAGAUCUCGGUCCACUGCUUGGGCCUCUUUUGAUGGCCGGUCGCGUGUAGAACUUUUGAAGGGCUACUACGUCACAAUUGCUGCUUCCCCGUUCCCAUUCCCUACAGUGAGGUCUAGCAAGACGGAGUACUUUGACAGUGUCUCGCGUGUUUUGAACUGGAACAGCAGAGAGGAGCAGAAAUCGUUUGUGCAUCUUCUGAGUGACAAAAAUAAGAAGAGUUACAACAAAUAUGAGCAAUUGCACAAGAACACGGAAGUGGCCAAACGGAGGAGUCGAGCGGUGUUCGAGCUAGAUUCGACUGAUUCAUUGAAGCCCCAACAAGGCACCGAAGACGUGCGCGAGGACGUGACAGAAGAAGGAGAGGAUAAAGAUUAUUAUGAAGCGGAAGACGAUGAGGAUGAAAGUGUUUACGAGAUCGAUUACAACGACGAAGAUGAUGCGGAAGAUCAUCUUGACCCAACAAACAGUCUGGCACAGGACGUGCCGGAUGAUUACGACGACUAUGAUGAGUCAUCGCUAGAGCUGGACGAGAACGAAGACUACAUGAACAAUUACUUCCAUCCUAUGCCAGGUGAAGAGAUCUGUACUCCGCAGGCUAAGACACCAGGUGAUGCCACCCCAGACGGAGGUGCCCACCCGAACAGGACUCCUCACGAAGCAGAGCGGGCGCUGCAUCUGGCGAUGUCUAAGCUUCAGCACGAAGCAAAAUAA